AUGAGUAGUAGCAUUUGGGCCCUCCGAGAAAUCGAUAUCUCCCCCCGCCGCCGCGCCGAUGCCACCCCCGACCAAGAAAACCACUUCCCCUUCUCCCCCUCCGGCGGCGCCGCCGCCGCCGCCCUCUCGAGGUUCCUCCCCCGGAACACCACCUCCGGCUCGGAUUCCGACGACGACCACCCCUACUCGUCGGACCACUUCCGGAUGUACGAGUUCAAGGUCCGGAAGUGCGGCCGCAGCCGCACCCACGUCUGGACCGACUGCCCCUUCGCCCACCCCGGCGAGAAGGCCCGCCGCCGCGACCCCCGCCGCUUCCGCUACUCCGCCGCCGCCUGCCCGGACUUCCGCGGCGGCGCCUGCCCGAGGGGCGACGCCUGCAACCUCUCCCACGGCGUGUUCGAGUGCUGGCUCCACCCGUCCCGCUACCGGACGGAGGCCUGCAAGGACGGCCGUGGCUGCCGCCGCAAGAUCUGCUUCUUCGCCCACUCCUCCCGCCAGCUCCGCCUCGUUCCCGUCGACGACGACGAUGAGGAGGAGGAGACUCCUGCCCCGGUCAGCUCCUGCUGCAGCCACGUCAGCCGCUGCUGCCCGCUGAUGGCCCAUGUGUCCUCCCCUUCUCCGUCGUCGUCGCCGGAGUUCUCCCUCUUCCGAGAUCUCGACAGGAUGAGAUAUAUGGAGGUGAUGGCCGCCAUCGAGGCCAUGAACGUGGACGCCAGGAAUGUAGAUUUUGGGCCGGCCCGGGGGAGAAUGGGCCCGGUCAGAUUGGGCCGUGGGGGUUUUUCCGGGAGGAAUCCGAUGGAAGAUGGCUGCUGGUAUAACAAUAACACGAGCAACAACGAGUGUGGGCCAGAUCUGGACUGGGUUAAUGAUCUGCUCACUUAA